AUGGGCGCCGCCGACUGGUGGUUCCGGUCUCAGACCCUCGACAUGCUGUCCUCGCUCUGCGCCAACGUCCAAGAACUCGCUGCCCGUGGCGACGUGGUCUACAAGAUCCUCAUCUGGGAUGCCCCUGGAUCACUGAUGGGCCUAAAACACGUCACGCUCGUCCAGGCGCGUUCCCGCAGGGCGCUGGACCUCACCGUGCUCUCCCAGGUUGCCACUACGGCUCCCAACCUGCCCACUGUCAAAUUCCACCCCGUCAGGCACACAAGUGUGUUCGAUCCUCCAGUGUCACUGCCGAGCAUGGCCAAGCUCGUCAAGCUGAACCUCCCCGAUGCUUACGUCUGCCACGAAGCCUUAUUGUUCAGGCCCUGGAACCCCUCUAACACUAAUGCACCGGCAACCAAGCUUCCGUGUUUCAAGUGCCACAACUUCCAACACUUCUCCUACGCGCAGGCCGCCGAGUAUGGACCCGACCUCGAGUUCACCCCGAGCAAGGCUGAGCGGGCUCUAGUCCGCAGCACCCCGAAUCUAACAUCCCUUACCUUGUAUAUGGGCCAGUCUAAGCACUGUCUCCGCCGGGCAGACGUCCUGCAGUCCUUGGCCGGCCUCUCCAAGCUUGAGGACCUGAGUCUGACCCUACUAUGCCUAUGA